UUUUCUUUCAUGGAUUGUGCUUUUGGUGUUGUAUCUAAAAAGUUACUGCCAAACCCAAUGUCACCUAGAUUUUCUCCUAUGUUACAUUCUAGAAGUUAUAUAGCUUUGCAUUUUACAUUUAGGUGUAUGAUAUAUUUUGAGUUAAUUUUUGUGAAAGAUAUAAGGUCUGUGUUUAGACUCUUUUUUUUGCAUGCAGAUACCCAGCUGUUCCAGCACCAAUUGUUGAAAAUAAUAUCCUUUCUCCAUUGAUUGCUAUUGCACCUUUGUCAAAGAUGAGUUGAUUAUAUUUGUGUGGGUCUAUUUCUGGUCUGUCUGUUCUAUCCCAUUGAUAUAUUCGUCUACUGUUCUGCCAAUACCACACUGUCUUGAUCACUGUAGCUUUAUAGUAAGGCUUAAAGUCAAGUAGUGUCAGUUCUCCCACUUUGUUCUUCUUCAGUAUUGUGUCGACUAUUCUGAGUCUUUUGCCUUUCCAUAUAAACUUUAGAAUCAGUAUGUUGAUAGCCAAAAAAUAACCUGCUGGGAUUUGGUUUGGGAUUGCAUUGAAUCUAUAGACGAAGUUGGGAAGAACUGACAUCUUAUUAUUGAGUCUUCCUAAACAUGAACAUGGACUGUCCCUCAGCUGAUUUCUAUCUUCUUUGACUUCUUUAGUCAGCAUUGUUUCAUUUUCCUCACAAAGAUCUUAUACAUAUUUUGUUAGCUGUAUCCCUAUUUUAUUUUGGGGGGUGCUAAAUGUAAAUGAGGAGCCCUGGUGGUACAAUGGUUAAGCAUUCGGCUGCUAAUUGAAAGUUCAAACCCACCUAGCAGAGAAAGACCUGGUGAUCUGCUUCUGUAAAGAUUACAACCAAGAAAACCCUGUUGGGCAGUUCUACUAUGUCACAUGGAGUCACUAUGAGUUGGAAUCGACUUGAGGGCAUCCACAACAACAAUGUAAAUGGUGCGGUUUUUAAUUUCAAAUGCCAGUCGUUCAUUGCUGGUAUGUAGGAAAGACACUGACUUUUGUUUAUUCACUUUGUAUCCUGCAACCUUGCUAUAAUUGCUUAUUAAUCCCAGGAAGUUUUUUUGUCAUUUCUUUGGGAUUGUCUACAUAGGCAAUCAUGUAAGCUGCAAACAAAGGCAGUUUAAUUUUUUCCUUCCCAAUCUGUAUGCCUUUCACUUCCUGUUCUUGUCAUACUCCAUUAGUUAGGACUUGCCAGUAUAAUUUUGAAUAGGGGUGGUGAGAAGCAACAUCUUUGUCUUUUUCCCAACCUUAGGAGGAAAGCGUGUAGUGUCUCACCAAAAGCCUUUACAUUUUAAUAUUUUCCAUUUUCAGAAUGUUUUGAGAGACUGGUUAUUUUGUGCAUACAGUAAUGCCCCAAAUCUUUCAUACUUUUUGAAGAAAUUAGAAAUUUACAGCCCCAACUUAAAACAAAGUAUAGAUAAUGUUCUAAAACACCAUUAGCACCCUAAUGUACAACACUAUACAAGAAGGAAUUUGGAUACAAAGGUUAACCGAGAAAACGAAUGUUCUAGCAUGUCUAGUUCUUACAUUCAUUCUGGCUUGACAACAAUGAGAAGGACAACAAAACCAUUACAAACCUAAACUGCACUGAGGGAUUGACCAAUACAAACUGAGGAGUAAAACAUUAUUUCUGUUCCAAACAAAAGUCAAAAUUAGGGACACUUUUAAAAAAUUAACAACUCUUGCUUUAAAAAAAAUUCUAACUUCACACUACCCCACACUCGCACUCAAUUCCCCAACACUUGAGUUUGUAGAGAAAAGCAAAACGGAGUCAGAAAAUAAGAACAUGUGGGAGAAAGCCAGAGGAUAAUCUGUGGUGCCAGGACAGUAUAAAGGUAGGCAGUUUAACUGGGAAAAAAGCAUGAACAUGGAUGGCAGACUGUUGGAGCCAGAGGGAAGAUUCAAGGGCAUCUGGUUAGCCCACCUUCCUCAUCUGAUGGAGGGAAACAUGAGACACUGUGUCCCAGAGAGAAUUAAGGGACUUGCCUAAAGUCUCCCAAAGAGUUAAUGACUGCCGCAGCUAAAACCCACGUGUCUGGAUUCCCUGGUUAGUGUUCUUGCCAAUACUCCAUACUCUAGAAGUGUUGAAUGAGAUGGGCAAGUCAGAACACCAGCAUUUUAAUGGUUACACACUUUCUUCUUGCUUUCUUUGAUAUCCAACCCUUUAUGUACAGAGAGAGAGAGAGCACUUUAAAAUGCUGAGUCUCCUUCUACUUCUGAGAGCACCUCUGUCCUCGACGGUGUGUGAUCUAUUUAUGCCUUCUUUACAGAAUUGUUUUCUAGCUCUAUUACCGGAUGUUCCCAACCGUGAGCUCUGAACCACCACGGUCUUCCUCUGAGAAGAUGUGCCUGUUCCAGGCACAUGGCCUGACCCUACUGAAUCAUCCUCACAGGUACUAGGUGGCUCAGGCCUCUGAGCAAAGUAAAACAUAAGGCUUAAUGUGGUCACAGGGACCAGCCAUGUCCCAGAAGACAGUACAUCUCUGCUGUUUUCAAAAAAUCUUAGACAGGAAACGCUUUGAAGUGUUGCCGAAGAAGGUGCAUUAUUAAUAAAAACAAAGCAAAUCUGUUUUGCUUGACCUGGCGGAGAAAUAUUUUUAAAGGAGUCCAUGUGUGAAUCAGCUCUUCCUGGGUCAAGGGAACCUGUGUAAUAACAGCAACACCUAUCAGUGAGUAAGCACUUCUUGUGCGCCAGGCACAGUCAUGCACAUCUUUUUAACACAACAUCCCUGUAUGGUAGGUAUUACUACCCUCAUUUUACAACUUGGGCUUAGAAAGAUUAAUUAACUUGCCCAUAGUCCCAUAGCCACAAAGUUGCACAAUAGAUCUGAACCCAGGAUAGAUUCACUCCCAAGUCUCUGUUUCUUCAUCCCUACUUGACCUCUGAAACUCAGUUUUUCAUCUAUAAAAUAGGGAUAAUCAGACGUUGAGGGUUUCUGUGACAAUUCUAGAUACUCUAUGAAAACCACGUAGAGCAGGGCCUGUGUGUGUAUAUCCUAGACACAAAAUGUACAUGCCCUAUCCAGAAAUCACCAUUGCAUGACUUCAAUUUAAUUUGUUGAGCAUUAUCUGGAGAAGUAACUGAUUUGCAAGGCAGUACCUUAAGCAGAAAGAUCAUACAUCCAAACACUGAACAAAACUCAGGUCUCUUUCAGCCUGAGCACUACCUGGAAGCAGCUCUCUCAAAGAAUGAGCACAGGUUAGUUUUCAAAAGGAAAGAAAAGAGUCAGUGGGCACAGCCUAGAAAGGCCAGAUUGUUCAGGGUCCCUCCAAACCAUGAUUUCAAUAGCCCAAAUGUAUUCAGGAGUAUAUUUUCCUACUUAAAAAUCAGAACACAUGCCUUUAGAAGUGUGUUGUGAUUUUUUUAUCAAGGUACUACACAUAAACAAUAAAGUGCCCUAGUCUUUUUCUUAAUUGUUGUAAAAAUACAUAUAACACAACACUUGGCAAUUCAACAUUUUUCGGGUGUACAGUUCAGUGACAUCAAUUACAUUACUCAUGUGGUGCAACCGUCACCCAUAAUCGUUGCCAAAUUUCCCACCACCUUAAACACUCACUGCUUCCUAAAUAAUGGCUCCCCCUACAGUAUCUUAAUCUUAAAUGUACGCUAGAUGAUUUUUGUACAUAUGGAUGCAUUCCUGUAAACCCACCUAGAUUAAGAUAUGAAACAUUUUCAGCUCCCCAUAAGGCUCCCCCACACGUAGAAGGAAUUUACAGUCAACAAAGAAACAACAGCUAAAAUCAGAGCUGAAAACUGAAAGCUAGCAAGGAGCUUGGCAAGCCGGGCAAUAGAGAGGCUGGAUUCGGAGGAGGGUGUUAGGUAAGACAGACACACCUGAAUUUUGCCUUCUCCCUUCUAACAGUAGGUGUCGAGUGCUUCUGUACGUUCACAUUUAUUAUAUCCCUCGAUGCUCACAACGACUCUGAUGUAGCCAAGACUUAACCCUCCUUUGCACGUGAGGAAACAAAACUGUUUUGAGUGUUGGAAGAGAACACCCUCAGCCAAAACAAGAAAGAACUGGCUCCCUUGAACUUGCUCAGCAGAUCCAGCCACGUGGCACAGGGAAAGGUGAGGACGUGGCGUCAGGUUACCUGGCAGCGCCGUGCCCCCCCGGGCUCAUUGGCUGGCGCUGCGGACCGCGGGUAUAAAGCUCAGGCCGGCUGUCGUACCCGUCGCGCGCCCUUUGAACUUCCCAGAGGCUGCACGCCUCUCCCUGUGGGAGAGAGAGGUAGAAAGGGGCAGAGACCGACCGAUCGGACGCCGAACUUCAGGUACAUUCGGAGGGCCCAGUCGGCUUGUUUAACUUCCCAGGUGUCUCGUCUGAGGCUUUUGCGCCUAAACGAGGACAGCAAACGGCAGUUUACUGGGAGAGAUGAUAUUUUAAAUCUCGCUGAGGGCUAGAGUGCAACAGUCCAAGGAUUCAGUGAAGGACUGCACAACGCAAAGUGUCUCCUGACUCGGUAGACAGAGCGACCAAGGUUAGCCGCCAACAUUUGAAGAAUCCCUGCCUUAAGCCAGCGAGGGCAGAUCGAGGUGAAAGGAACAAGCCUCCAAGUGUACAUGACAACGGAGUGGAGACAGGACGGGACAAGAACGAUUGCUUUUAAAUCACUGAAAAAUAGUGAGCAAUAGGGACGAACAGUGCAGUCGGCCUCGCCCCGGGAAAAGCAGGAGGAAAUACUUCUAAAGGAGAAAAAGGGACAGGAAUUGUUGCGCCCCGCGGGGCUCACUCUGACGAUAGGUGUGCGCUUAGCGUUGCAGCCCAACCAGCUCCAGCUGAGGGUCGCCCCUGCCCCGCUUCUGGCGCCUCAUGUGGUGUCUGGAGCAGCUCUGCCUGGGACCCGAGCGCCUCCUGCGGCGUGGGGACUGGCUUCUCCGGGGACGGGCCCGUCGAUCCACCGCCGCCCGGCCCACUGCGUUUGCCAACGUGCUCACCCCGGACCGCAUCCCCGAAUUCUGCAUCCCACCGCGACUCGCGCCUAGUCCGGGCCCAGCUGCGCUCCGAAACUCCUGGGGCGAAGAGUGGGGGACAGAUGAGGGCGCCGGCCGCACCGACUGGGACCCGCGCUCGCAGGCCGCGCUCUCGCUGCCGCACCUGCCCCGCGCGCGCACCGCCUAUGGCUUCUGCGCGCUGCUCGAGAGCCCGCACACCCCCCGCGCCGUCGGCUGCCGCGUCAGCUUCGUGCUGCGGCCGCGGGGCCAGACGCGCAGGCAGCGCAGCGCCGUGGUCCGCCGCAGCCGCAACCCUGUCUUCGACCAGGAUUUCUGCUUCGACGGGCUCACGGAGGACGAGGUGCGCCGCCUGGCCGUGCGCGUCAAGGCCGGGAACAAGGGCCGUGGGCUGGAGCGGGGCCGCCUGCUGGGCCAGGGCGAGCUGCUGCUGGGCUCCCUCCUGCUCCUCUGAGGGCACCCUCGGGCACCGACAGCUGCUUUGUCCGAAAUAGACUUUUCUUUUCUACCCAGCUUUUCUUUUAGUCCAAUACUGGCAGAGCUGAUACUGGCUUAAUUGUCAGAGUAAAGGAUGUAAAUUUUUGCGUAGAUACCCUCUAAAUUCUUCCUCCGCAAAUGGAAUGGUGUUCAGCGGUAGUGUUCCCAGAUGCCUCUAGCCGAUCACACAUGCUUUGUUUCACACACCCUUACCGGGAAAUGAUUACAUGAAGGGCUAGAACUGAAGGGCCACUUGGCAUCUAUUUUACUCCAACCUCCUCAUUUUGAAGUUUAUUCAUUCCACAACAUCUCUUAGAAACUCUCUUAGAGACUACCUUUUGAAGCAUUAUCUGAGACCCUGAAUAAGAAAGUGAGGCCAAGAAAGGGAAGUGACGUGGCUUGUCCAAGGUCAACAGUAAAUGGUUAGUAGAGACUUCCAUCAGAUACUCUUGACUACAUCUUGCUGAAAAAGCAUUGGAGAAAUUGGAACUAUUUUAAUGUUCUAAGUUUAAAUAAUAAUUAUAUAGCUUUACAAGUAUUAACCUAUGUAAUUUAUAAAAUAACCCUUAAGAGUAGGUACUCCUAUCCCCAUUUUACAGAUGAGGAUACUGAGGCACAAAAAAGGGGCAGUCAGUGUUGGGGAUUGAAUUGUGUCCCCCAAAAAUGUGUGUCAACUUGGCUAGGCCAUGAUUCCCAGUAUUGUGUGGUUGUCCACCAUUUUGUGAUCUGAUGUGAUUAUUCUAUGUGUUGUAAAU